AUGAGUAUCCCUGAUCCUGCACAACAGCCGCCACUUCCACCCUUUCUUCCACCACCUUUUGCCGGUGGAGAUGUUGACGGGUUUUGGCCUCAACCUCCUAUGAACAAUGAACAUGACGCUACUUUUCAAUUUGAGCAUCCUCCACCUUUUAUGAGACCAAGGAACUUUGAAAACAACCCCCCAAAUUCUGCACCUUUUGCACCAAUGAAAUCCGGGGAUGAAUUCGCUAAAUCCUCAGGUGCUAAAGGGACGAGCCAUAUAUUUUACAAGACCCGUAUCUGUGCAAAAUUCAUGGAAGGCACCUGCAGGAAUGGAGAGCAUUGCACAUUUGCUCAUGGCAAUGAAGCUUUACGGGCACCCCCUCAGAAUUGGCUAGAACUAGUUCGAGAAAAGGAGAGAGGGGUCGGAAAUUUCAAUGAUNAUGGCAUUGAAGAUUUACGGGAACCUCCUCCAAAUUGGCAAGAACUUGUUCGAGAAAAGGAGAGAGGGGUCGGAAAUUUCAAUGAUGAUCAAAGAAUGAUACAUAGGAUGAAAAUUUGCAAGAAGUUUUACAAUGGUGAAGAGUGCCCAUAUGGGGAAAAAUGCAACUUCCUUCAUGAACAGCCCAUGAAAUUCCAGACUGACAUGUCAAGGGAACAUAGGGAAAGUGUUGCCAUAAGUAUUGGAACUACAGGGCCUGCAUUGGUAAGAAGAAGUGAUUAUGAUCAGACUGAUUAUGUUAAGAACAUCAACGUCAGUUCCAGUACUUCCCAAGCAAAUACUGCUUUUUGGAAAACAAAACUAUGUAGCAAAUGGGAGAUCGGCCAAUGCCCCUUUGGAGAAAGAUGUCAUUUUGCUCAUGGCCCAUCUGAUUUGCAGUUACCUGGCGCUCGUGUUGAGACGGAGCUGAUAAUGAAUUCUGGCUCCCAAAUUCCAGCAAAGCCUCUCCCUGUGCCUGUAAUUAAUUCAUCCCCUGCAACUGCAGUGAUUGGUGCUCCUGCUAACAAAGAUGCAGAAAGUAAGGAGAUAUCGAAAUGGAAACUAAACAGGCAGAUUAAUCGAAUUUAUGCUGAUUGGUGGGAUGAUUUAUCGCCACCGCACAACUCCCCGAGGAAAGAGGACAUGUGA